GCCGCUGAAGCAUGAGACUCACAAAUUAGGUGAUUCAUUUAAGACGGCAAAACAACGGUUUUUAAAUCUAGAAAGGAAGCUUCAAAGGGAUCCGAAGUUAAAAUUUGAAUAUUCAAAGUUUCUUCAAGAAUAUGAAAUCCUAGGUCACAUGUCUAAGGUUAGUUCUCAGAAUUUGUUAGGCAAAUCUACUUUCUACCUUCCACAUCACUGUGUCACCAACUCUUCAAGUCAGACUACUAAGUUAUGAGUCGUUUUCGAUGGUUCUAGCAAAUCUUCUAGUGGAUAUGCUCUUAACGAUAUUCUUCUGGUUGGGCCGACAGUGCAACAAUAUUUAUUUUCUAUUGUCUUAAGAGCCAGAAAGCAUCCUAUACUUCUCACUGGGGAUAUUGCAAAAAUGUAUCGCCAGGUGUUGCUGCAUAGUCAGCAGCGAAGUUUGCAGUUAAUUUUGUGGCGACCUAGUCCGUUUCUGGACAUUCAAACUUAUCAACUGAACACAGUUACCUACCGAACUGCAUCUGCUUCUUAUCUAGCUACCAGAUGCUUGAGCGAAUUAGCAAAUCAAUGUUCUCAACACAAUCCAAAAAUAAGCAAAAUUAUUGCAGACGAUUUUUAUGUUGAUGACCUUUGCACUGGUGGUUACACUAUAGAGGAGGUUAAUAACACCAUAACGAAAAGAAGUAUUCUAUCUUGCAUUUCAAAGAUCUUCGAUCCCUUAGGCCUCAUUGCCCCAAUAAUAACACCAGCAAAAAUUAUAAUUCAAAGGUAGUGGCAGAGUCAAUUAAGCUGGCAUGAAUCAGUUCCAUUAUCUAUAUUAACAGAAUGGAUACUUUUUUACAACCAGUUAAAGGACCUCGAUGAUUUGACUAUUACCAGGAAUGUUCUUGUGAAUGAUUUCGUAGUGGUGGAGCUUCACGGAUUCU